UAUAUGAUAGUACGUCAGCAGCGGGAUGGCCGUAGCUGUGGCGGCGGCUGCAGAAGCCCAGGCAGCCGCGGCCGCAGUGGAGGCUGAAGCCCGAGCGGCGUCGGCGCCGGCACCCCGGGGAGUUUAAGAUGGCGGCGGGGGGGGCGGCGGGCCUGCGGGAGGAGCAGCGCUACGGGCUGUCGUGCGGGCGGCUGGGACAGGACAACAUCACGGUGCUGCAUGUGAAGCUCACCGAGACGGCGAUCCGCGCGCUGGAGACCUACCAGGGCCGCAAGAAUUUAAUUCCUUUUCGACCUUCGAUUCAGUUCCAAGGGCUCCAAGGGCUUGUCAAAAUUCCUAAGAAUGAUCCCCCCAAUGAAGUGCAUACUUUUAACUUCUAUUUGUCAAAUGUGGGUAAAGACAACCCUCAGGGCAGCUUUGACUGCAUCCAGCAAACAUUCUCCAGCUCUGGAGCCUCCCAGCUCAAUUGCCUGGGAUUUAUACAAGAUAAAAUUACAGUGUGUGCAACAAACGACUCGUAUCAGAUGACACGAGAAAGAAUGACCCAGGCAGAGGAGGAAUCCCGCAACCGAAGCACAAAAGUUAUCAAACCCGGUGGACCAUAUGUAGGGAAAAGAGUGCAAAUUCGGAAAGCACCUCAAGCUGUUUCAGAUGCAGUACCUGAGAGGAAACGGUCAACCCCCAUGAAUCCUGCAAAUACGAUUCGAAAGACACACAGCAGCAGCAGUGUUUCUCAGCGGCCAUAUAGGGACAGAGUGAUUCACUUACUGGCACUGAAGGCCUAUAAGAAACCUGAGCUGUUGGCUCGACUGCAGAAAGAUGGUGUCAAUCAAAAAGACAAGAACUCCCUCGGAGCAAUUCUGCAACAGGUAGCCAAUCUGAAUCCAAAGGACCUCUCAUAUACUUUAAAGGAUUAUGUUUUUAAAGAGCUUCAAAGAGACUGGCCUGGAUACAAUGAACUAGACAGACGGUCAUUAGAGUCCGUGCUCUCAAGAAAACUAAAUCCAUCUCAGAAUGCUGCCAGCACCAGCCGUUCAGAAUCUCCUGUAUGUCCUAGUAGAGAUACUGCAUCUUCUCCUCAGAAACGGCUUUUAGAUUCAGAUUUCAUUGAUCCUUUAAUGAAUAAAAAAGCUCGAAUAUCUCACCUGACAAACAGAGUGCCGCCAACAUUAAAUGGCCAUUUGAAUCCCACCAGUGAGAAAUCUGCUGCAGGCCUCCUGCCGCCCCCUGCAGCCGCUGCCAUCCCUACCCCUCCACCGCUGCCUCCAACCCACCUGCCUGUCUCUAAUCCUCCUCAGACUGUAAACUCUAACUCCAAUUCCCCUAGCACUCCAGAAGGCCGGGGGACUCAAGACCUACCUGUUGACAGUUUUAGUCAAAACGGUAGUAUCUAUGAGGACCAGCAAGACAAAUAUACCUCUAGGACUUCUCUGGAAACCUUACCCCCUGGUUCAGUUCUACUACAGUGUCCAAAGCCUAUGGAAGAAAACCAUUCAAUGUCUCACAAAAAGUCCAAAAAGAAGUCUAAAAAACACAAGGAAAAGGACCAAAUUAAAAAGCAUGACAUUGAGAUGACAGAAGAAAAGGAAGAGGACCUUAAAAGAGAAGAGGAAAUUGCCAAGUUGAACAACUCCAGUCCAGAUUCCAAUGAAGGAGUUAAAGAGGGUUGCACUGCCUCCACGGAGCCUUCUUCAACAAUUGAACUCCCAGAUUAUUUGAUAAAAUAUAUUGCUAUUGUCUCCUAUGAGCAACGCCAAAAUUACAAGGAUGACUUCAAUGCUGAGUAUGAUGAGUACAGGGCCUUGCAUGCCAGGAUGGAGACGGUAGCUAGAAGAUUUAUCAAACUAGAUGCACAACGAAAGCGGCUUUCUCCAGGCUCAAAAGAGUAUCAGAAUGUUCACGAAGAAGUCUUACAAGAAUAUCAGAAGAUCAAGCAGUCCAGUCCCAAUUAUCAUGAAGAAAAAUAUAGAUGCGAGUAUCUUCAUAACAAGCUGGCUCACAUCAAAAGACUAAUAGGUGAAUUUGACCAACAACAAGCAGAGUCAUGGCACUAGAUCUCUGCUUGGACCGGAAGAUGUGAAUAAACUUAAGCUUAUUUAUUUAAAAUUCCAAAUGAGUUGCUCUAAGAUUCUAAAAAAAUGAAACUUUGCUUGUUGAAAGUUUCAGUAUUAGUAAACUUGAGUUAUUUACUUUUUUUUUUUUUUUUCCACUUUACUUUGCUUCCCUGCAUUUUUGAAGCUGCUUUUUCUGGUCCUUCUCUCCCCACCCUCACCCUACCCCCCAAGACUUAUGUUUGUCAAUAGAAAUAAUUUUUUUUUUUUAGAUAUUGGGGAUCCAGUGUCUAUACUUUAAAUCAGUUCUUUUCCUUAAAAACUUAUGUUAGUCAUUAGAAGUGAUUUUUUUUAAGAUAUUGGGGAUCCAAUGUCCAUACUUCAAAGUUAUGUGUGUUUAAAAAACAAGUCAUGUGCAAAGUGAAAUGCUUUUGGAUAAACAUAAGCCUAUUUUCUGACCUUUCUUAAUGCAAACUCUUUGCCUUAAAUGGUAGAAUAUUUAGAAAUUUGCACAAAAUACAAAAAAAAAUUUAAACAUUGUUUUGGAGGGUUAAGAAACAGAAAGGUGUACAUGUGUGUGCAUAGAUAUGCACCCACAGAUGUACAUACAGGCUGACUUGAUCUAGACAGUAAAUCCGCCCUGCAAGUUAACCCCCCAUUGCAAUGGUUGCCUUAAGGUGUUUGCUAGUUGUGUACAUAGUGUGGUUAAUCAUUAGCUACACAGCUUCCCACUUGGUUAGAGCAAUGGGAAGCAUACUGUGGCCUACCAGCGUCUGAAAGCGUGUGCUCGACCUGUAUGUGUGCAGAGGUGGUGUGGAUGUGAGCGUGCAUGGAGGAAAAAAGCUGCUACUCUCAGUAGGCCAAACGCUCAGGUUAAACAACUGACGAGUGUUACUGUAGGGGUUUUGUUUUGUUUUGUUUUCCUGUCAAAUUGCUACUUCUAUUGUAGAAGACAAAAGCAUUUCCAUUUCAACAGUUUGUCAGCUUUAUUAAUGUUGGGCAAAAUCAAUAUGUUAUGAAAAUGAAACAGAUCUAUAGUUUUGGGGCAAAAUUAUAAAAAUUAAACAUGUAGGUAACCUAUUUAUAUACUGCUAUAAAGUAUUUUUUGAAGAGAGAUAUGCAAAGAAGCUAUUACCUACAUGAAAUGUAUAUUUAAAGAUUUUUUUUUUUUCAUCCUGGGAGCCAGGAAUAAAAAAAAAAAAAAAGAGAGAGAGCGGAUAUAUUUAACCAUAACAUACUGUGAUUCAUCAAACAGCACAAACUUUCAUUUCAUGGAGUUUAUCUGUUGACGUUGAUUUAAACUAUCAUUUGUUUUAUCAUGUGGGAACAUAAGUUAUGUGGUCAAAAAUAUAAGGAUUUUGAACUAAUGUUGAUUCAAGUUGUGUUGUCUUAUCGUAUUGUCUUUUCAAAGUGCUGCCAGUUGAAAAGGGAAGCAUUAUGUUUACAAAUCUGUUUUGAAAUGUUUGCCAAAAUUUUGGUAGUAUCUUUAAUAAAGAUGUUUGUCUCCAGCAUCCAAAAAAUAAAUAAAUAAAUAAAUAAC